AUGGUGCACCUCGGCUUCACCCCACUGCUUGUGCUGGUGCUGGGGGCCAGCCUCGGGGCUGCCUUCCCCCACGACGCCCUGAAGAAGAGCUGCAGCCUGUCCAAGUACCAGUUCCUCGUGCCCCACGAGCUGAAGGCGGUGCAGAAGAUGAAGGAGCAGUUUGAGGACAUCAUGCUGCUGUCGGACCGCAAAUGCAACACCAGGCUCUUCCAUCGGAAAUGGAGCACGGCGGAGCUGUCGGUGCCCGACCGAGUGAUGCUGGUGGAAGCCGAGCUGGACCUCGCCACCGCCAUGCUGGGGCUCCCCGCCAGCCCCAGUUUCGCUGAGAUGCGCCAGCGGCCCCUGGCCUUCCUCACCCAAGCCCGGGAGGACCUGCGAGGCUGCAUGGCCACGGAGGCUCCUUCGCAUCAGCCGUCCGGGAAACUGAGGCACUGGCUGAAGAAGCUGCAGGCGGCCAUGCAAACAGAGACCACCGGCUGCCUGGAGGCCUCCGCCAUCCUCCACCUCUUCCAAGUGCUGAACGACCUGCGGUGCGCGGCCCUGCGGGAGCAAUGCACUUGGCCCCCGCUGGCAGCGCGGCUGGCACGGCACGGCGCGGCGCUCACCAGCCCCAAAGGGUGGCCCGAGGACCAGGAAAAAUGA